UUUCCCUGAAAAUGGAGGUGGAAAAUCAAAAUCAAGAAAAAGCGUCAAUUAUGCAGAGAGUCAAAGGCUGGUUCAAGGCCCCCAUCGACAAGGUCUCGAGCACGAUCACCGGCAUCGGAAAAGAAGGCAAGAGACUAGCUAAAGAAGAUCCGAGAAGAGUCGUCCACGCAUUCAAAGUCGGGUUAGCCAUAGCCGCGAUCUCUCUCCUCUACUACUUCGACUUCUUCUUCGACGGAUUUGGUGUCAACGCAAUGUGGGCCGUCAUGACCGUCGUCGUCGUUUUCGAAUUUUCCGUAGGAGCGACGUUGGGGAAAGGAGUGAACCGAGCGCUCGCGACGUUGCUGGGCGGAGCGCUGGGUGUUGGGACGCACGAUUUGGCCAGCUUGACACCGGAGAAAGCCGAGGUCGUUUUGAUCGGGCUGUCUGUUUGCAUCAUAGCUGCAACGGCAACGUUUUGUCGAUUCUUUCCGAAGAUUAGGGCGAGAUACGAUUAUGGGUUUCUAGUGUUCAUCCUGACGUUCAGUCUGAUAUCGGUGUCUGGGUAUCGAGACGACGUCGUAUUUGACAUGGCGUACCGGCGGCUGACCACCAUCUUGAUCGGCGGCUGCGUCGCCAUUUUGAUUUGCAUUUUCGUCCGCCCCGUUUGGGCUGGCAAAGAUCUUCAUCGACACACCGCCGCCAAUAUUGAGAAACUAGCAUGCUACUUAGAAGCUUUUGGACGUGUAUACUUCCAAGAAUCAUACAACAAAAAUCUAGCACCACUCAAAGACUUUAAAAGUGUACUUAUAUCCAAAGGCACAGAAGACUCAUUGGUCAAUUUCGAGCGGUGGGAGCCGAGGCACGGAAAGUUCCGGUAUCGUCACCCAUGGAACCAGUACCUCAAGAUCGGGUCGUGCACCCGAGAAUGCGCGUACAAGAUCGAUGCACUCAAUUGCUACCUCGUCUCGGACGUGCAGACGCCAUUGGAGCUCCGGACGAAGAUCCAAGACUUCUGCACCAAGAUCAGUUCCGAAUGCGCCUUAGCCCUAACGGAUGUCGCGAUCGGGCUUCGGACGAUGACUUGCCCGGUGGCCAGCGAGAAACACAUUGCGGACGCAAAGGCCGCGGGCAAGACCCUCAAGGCCCUGCUGAAAACAGGGCUAUGGCACGACACCGAGUUCCUCGACAUUGUCCCGGUGGUGACAGUGGCGUCGCUGCUGAUCGAGAUCGUCGCGUGCACGUCGAAGAUCGCGGACUCUGUGGAGGUGCUCGCGACGAAAGCGAAGUUCAAGAAACCCGACCCGGGGAUGAACCGACAGGCUAGUAGGGAGAAGGUGAAGAGGAGCCCUAGUAUUGAAGCAUCACAUAGUGUCAACAUGGUAUUUGAGUGA